AUGAAGUUCCUUACCAUCUUCUCCACUCUCCUUGCCUCUGGCACUGCUCUUGCUGCCUAUGUUCCUCAGGCAAACACGGCUCGUGGCCUGUCCUCUGGAAUCCAAACCGGAGCUGAGGAACACGCCAACCCCAUUGAAUCCUUCUUCGACGAGAUUAAGCAUACUAUCACCCCGGACGACGAGACCGAAGAGAAGUUGGCUAGCCGCGAUCUUGUCGACAACAUGUUCAACCUGGUCGGUACCAACGCCAUCGACUUCAAUGAGAAGAUCGGUCAUGGCUUCAAUGUCACCGCCACCUUUGUCGGUUCUAUCGAUUUCAAUGCUCAGGCAGCUGCUGGCAUUGAGUAUGUCUCCAAGAAGAUUUCUGGUUCCGAGUCUAACAUCCCCGGAGCUUCCAUCAUGGUUACCUUCCUCAGCGGCCUCGGUGCAUUGGUUGCCAAGUUUAACUUGAACUCGAUGGCUCAAAGCUGCUUGUCUGGUGUUGGUCAGCUCAUUGCUUCCAUUGACUUUAACGCACUUGUUUCUGGUGCAGUCAAGCUCUACCAGACUAUUUCCAGCAGCUUGAAGAGUGCUAUGGAGUCCUAA